AUGACUAUUCAUCUAUUGUAUUUUCAUGCAAAUAGGGGGCAAGAAAACUCUAUGGAAAGAUGGUGGUUUAAUUCGAUGUUGUUUAAGAAGGAGUUCGAACGCAGGUGUGGGCUAAAUAAAUCAAUGGGCAGUCUUGGUCCUAUUGAAAAUACCAAUGAAGAUCCAAAUCGAAAAGUGAAAAACAUUCAUAGUUGGAGGAAUCGUGACAAUUCUAGUUGCAGUAAUGUUGAUUAUUUAUUCGGCGUUAAAGACAUUCGGAAUUUCAUCUCUGAUGACACUUUUUUAGUUAGUGAUAGGAAUGGAGACAGUUAUUCCAUCUAUUUUGAUAUUGAAAAUCAUAUUUUUGAGAUUGACAACGAUCAUUCUUUUCUGAGUGAACUAGAAAGUUCUUUUUAUAGUUAUCGAAACUCGAAUUAUCGGAAUAAUGGAUUUAGGGGCGAAGAUCCCUACUAUAAUUCUUACAUGUAUGAUACUCAAUAUAGUUGGAAUAAUCACAUUAAUAGUUGCAUUGAUAGUUAUCUUCAGUCUCAAAUCUGUAUAGAUACUUCCAUUAUAAGUGGUAGUGAGAAUUACGGUGACAGUUACAUUUAUAGGGCCGUUUGUGGUGGUGAAAGUCGAAAUAGUAGUGAAAACGAGGGUUCCAGUAGACGAACUCGCACGAAGGGCAGUGAUUUAACUAUAAGAGAAAGUUCUAAUGAUCUCGAGGUAACUCAAAAAUACAGGCAUUUGUGGGUUCAAUGCGAAAAUUGUUAUGGAUUAAAUUAUAAGAAAUUUUUGAAAUCAAAAAUGAAUAUUUGUGAACAAUGUGGAUAUCAUUUGAAAAUGAGUAGUUCAGAUAGAAUUGAACUUUUGAUCGAUCCGGGUACUUGGGAUCCUAUGGAUGAAGACAUGGUCUCUCUAGAUCCCAUUGAAUUUCAUUCGGAGGAGGAGCCUUAUAAAGAUCGUAUUGAUUCUUAUCAAAGAAAGACAGGAUUAACCGAGGCUGUUCAAACAGGCAUAGGCCAACUAAACGGCAUUCCCGUAGCAAUUGGGGUUAUGGAUUUUCAGUUUAUGGGGGGUAGUAUGGGAUCCGUAGUCGGAGAGAAAAUCACCCGUUUGAUUGAAUACGCUGCCAAUCAAAUUUUACCCCUUAUUAUAGUGUGUGCUUCUGGGGGGGCGCGCAUGCAGGAAGGAAGUUUGAGCUUGAUGCAAAUGGCUAAAAUAUCGUCUGCUUUAUAUGAUUAUCAAUUAAAUAAAAAGUUAUUUUAUGUAUCAAUCCUUACAUCUCCGACAACUGGUGGAGUGACAGCUAGUUUUGGUAUGUUGGGGGAUAUCAUUAUUGCCGAACCCAACGCCUACAUUGCAUUUGCAGGUAAAAGAGUAAUUGAACAAACAUUGAAUAAAACAGUACCCGAAGGUUCACAAGCAGCUGAAUACUUAUUCCAGAAGGGUUUAUUCGACCUAAUUGUACCACGUAAUCUUUUAAAAAGCGUUCUGAGUGAGUUAUUUAAGCUCCACGCCUUUUUUCCUUUGAAUCAAAAGUCAAGCAAAAUCAAGUAG